AUGACAAGCCGAAGCAGCUUCACGAUCGAGGAAGCGCGUCGCAACAGGAUCAGUGGCGACACCCGGACUGGUUAUGCAUCUGGCAUCAACCAAGUAAUCAUAUGGAUCAAGCUUGUUAACAAGCUGCACCUGUUAAAGCAAUCUGCGGACGGAACAGCGGGGGAAUCCCUUGACCUCAGCCAAUUUCAGUACCUCGACUUCCUGGAUUUUCUAGUCUGGACCGUUCGAAACAAGCCAACGAUAAAGCCAGGUACCCUGAGUGGGUAUCGCAGCGCCAUCAAGAGCUUGUACCGAGACGAGAGCCUUGCUGUGCCCAUUGAAUUCGGUGACGACAUGAAAGAAAUAUUCUCGGGCCUGCGAAAAACGAUUGCCCAAGACCUACAGUCGGGGCGUCUUCAGGACUCGGGAAAACGACCAUUAAGUUGGUCAACGUUUGAGCGACUGUGCUAUGACAGCAUGUUGCUAUCGGAUGGAGGAUUCACCCAUCUUUUCCUCAUCGUGACAUGGAACCUCAUGUGUCGGUCCCAAUCAACAGAAACCAUAAGGUAG